AUGUCCAGGCUGCUACUGUCCGUGAGGGCUCUGUACACGGUGUCCCCCGGUCCCACACGCAGCAGGGGGGCCGUCUGCGUGAGUCCCGGGCUGAGGGUGCCUCCUGUCGGGCUCCCGUGGACGCUGCUGGCCGCGGGGAAGAAGGACGCGGUGGAACUGCCGGUGCUCAACGAGGAGGAGCUGGAGGAGCAGUUUGUGCGGGGAAGCGGCCCCGGGGGACAGGCCACCAACAAGACCAGCAACUGUGUGGUCCUCAAGCACGUACCCACUGGCAUUGUGGUCAAGUGCCAUCAAACACGAUCAGUGGAUGUAAACCGGAAACGAGCCCGGGACAUCCUGAGGGAGAAGCUGGAUGUGGCCCUGAAAGGAGAACUCAGCGAGAUCACUGUCAAGAAGAAGGAGUCUGUGCAGAGGAAGCAGGACAAGAGGCGGAAAGUCAAUGAGAGUUUGGAGAAGAAGAGACUGUUCAAAGAAGCCCUGGCUGCAGACACCAAACCCUCUGACGUUUGA